AUGACCUUCAGCACGUAUCAGAUGGACGACGACGACAUGCCAGAUCAAUCCCAUGUGGACUUGAUGGCGCAAUUGGGGUUUGCUUCGACCCCAAAUCUGCUGACAGGAGCGGGGCCGAAAAUCAAGCGUCAACGACAAGAACCGGAGCACAACAGUGGCAAGGGCAAGGGAAAGGGCAAGAACACAGGCAAGACUCAGACACCAUCCCGCCCCUCCGGUGUCACAGGCAUCAAUCACAACGGGAUGGAGAUCAAGCCGGACAUGCACCAGGUGCUGAAGAACUUUGCAACAAUCUUGCUGAGACACGAGGCCUCGAUCCAGAGUCUUGCAGUCGACAGGGAGUUUAUGCUCUUCGUCACUGGAGGGCAGGGCUCACCGCUGCCUCAGAUGAUCGUGACAUCAGAGGACUGGCACUCCAAGGUGGGGUCCGAGGAAGGGGCCCAGAAGCCCCUCAAAUGCAUCAUGGUCCAGACGCUCAUGGACACCAUCAUAGACAGAGUGGUCAAAGUCAAGACCGAUCUGGCACGACAGCAAGUCCUACAAGGAUUGGGGAUUCUCGACUCCGAGCUAAACUGGGCGUAUCUGCAAUGGUCACCGAAGGAGCAAAAGCAGAUUGUGUCGCAGACAGACGGUCUGUCGAUGACGGAUGCGGAAAAGCACCUAAGGGAAGCCCAGCAGUUACUUCAGCUGGAGGGCAUGUUGAGACGAUUCACGGCAUUCAAGGCACUCAAGUUCGUACAGACACCGGAGAAGGAUCCUGCGCUGGUCGUGCCGUGGCGCCUCGAGCUAAGCUUGCGACAUCCUCAAUCGUUCCGAUUAAUGGAGGUGCUGACCAAGCUUUGCAGAAACGGAGUCACGCAAUUGGCGAUGACCAGAAUGUUGGUGAACAACGCCAAUAUGUGCUACGCAAAUGCCAUCGUGAAUGGCCACUUGUGGUCCAUUCACUCCUUGCUUGAGGCAUCCUCGCGGGGACAUACCACAGACAUGCGGUGUGACUGGGGAUUAUUCACUCAUGUCCUUGAAUGGCAACCUGUACGGGAUCAUAUGAGUGAAUGGCGGGGCUGGGGACUCCAGCAGGAUGCUGGAGAGUUUUACGACUGGUUGCGCACACAUCUGAGCGAAAAGCACCAACCCUCCGUCUGGAUCAUGUUGUCGAAGAGCACCGGAGUGAAGACGCUGCAACAAGGGUCCAUUCUAAUCCCCCCGCUUCUAGAAAAGCGCCCGGGUAGCCUGCAGGAACAUGUUCAAGCCUGGUCAUUCGGCUCCGAUUCCUAUCAGGCGCUUCUUCAAGCAGACCGGGGACUGUUCAUGCUUCUGAGGGACACUUGUCACGACCAACAUGCCAAUGUAAUCGUCGAUCCAAACCACCCCUUUGUGCUCAUUCCGCAAAUUGACAUGCUUAGCACUGCGGAUCCCCCGGUUAUGCGCUGGCAUAAGUAUCGCAUUACUGCGGUCCUGCUGCGACACGGUCAAACCCGUGAGACGGGACAUUACACCACAUUGCUGUUUGAGUUGGGGUCGCCUUAUGUUUGGUUGAAAAACGAUGACCAGCCACCAAGUCUAGGACGGUAUCACAGCUGGUACUCGGACGCACUCUAUGGCAUCUGGUUAGUGCCUUCUUCUUCGAACGAUCUACUGAGUGAAGGCAUUGAUGAGCCAGUCGCUGAGGGUCUAGACUUGGAUGCAACAGGGCAUUUAGUGCAAGCGGUUGCGCCGUGCAACGAUGUGAUGAGCCCUGAAUCCUUGGAGAGCGGAAUCAACCCAUACAUGACAGCGCAUGUGAGGGGCGGACCUCUGGUAGACGUGUGCAGUCCGGGACAAUCCACUCUUGUUGACGGCGGGUUUGCGCCACCACACGCUGCAGGCAGUGGUGCUCGACCUGAGUCCGAUGACGUGGCAAUGGAGAGGUGGCGCGGCCCUCGGCAGGGGAUGACGACUGAAGACAAUACAGCUCAGAAGGAGCAAGGAGGAUCAAUCGGCACUCCGCCACAACUGCGAUCCACGACUGAGGAAUCCUCGUCCAAAGACCGUCAGCCAACGACACUCGGGUCAGUACUGCUGGAGGUUGACAACAUCAACAAAGGUGGUGGCUUCGCCAUGGAGGUCACCGAAGUGGCUCAAGACAUCAAGAUUGUGGAUACAAGCUGUGCCACGAAGCAUCAUGGAGUAUGGGCUCAAGGUUCUCGGCAUCUACCACUAGCCGGCUCCAUACCGGCCAAGUGGACUCCGUGGCAGCCCCAGCCCUCCGAGCUGGUCUACAGUGCGAGAUUGCGUCAAGAGCUUUGCGCAGCCUGUAGAGACAACACUCCCCAGUGGUAUAACAUGCAGCAAGAGGUCGAAUCUCGACUUCGUGAUCUUCCGGAGUGCUGUGUUGCGCAGGCUGAGGCGGUGAUGAAGGAUUGUGUAUCUAAACAUUUCCCGGUGCGACGGCAGGAACGGACACCAAAGCCCUUUCAACAGCCGGACCUCGUGGGGCAGACCAGGCAGAUGUGGGCCUUGCGGAAGGCACUACAACAGCAGCACGGAGCCUCUCUGAGUGCGGUCUUUCGAGGCUGGCAUCUUCGAUCGGCCUUUCAAGCCAUCAGUCGCAAACUCAGGGCUCGCUCUAAGGAGAUACGCAAGCAACGACUCCACACCUUCUUGAGUGAGACUGCAGAGUGUGCCGUUAAGAAGGACAUGUACAGCUGGUAUCGUCAAAUUGCUCUCCUAUGUCCCAAACAGGCUCGUACGAAGAUUCAUCUUCGCAGUGACCGAGGAAUUUCGCUGGGCCCCGAGGACUCUCUCAACACUCUUCGCGACUACUACAGUCGGCUCUAUGAGGAUAACAGCUUUCGCAUGUAUGACUUGCCACGACUAGAUGAACUACCUUUCAGUGCUGAUGACCUGUGUGCAGAAUUGCGACGUUUACCUGUUCACAAGGCCCUGACUCCCACAGCAGUGCCGGCGGUGAUGUGGAGGAGUCAAGCUCAGCUUAUUGCGCCCAUCUUACAUCAAGAACUUCAGCAUCUAUGGUGUCGUGACAAGUGUCGACUCCCUCAGCGCUGGAUUGCAGGACACCUGGCUCUUCUGGGCAAACCAUCGAAGCCGCCGACCAAGCCUGCCAACCUCAGACCGAUAUGCUUGCAACAUCCUUGUAGCAAAGUUCUCUCAGGUGUCGUGACCAGACAGGCGAGUGAGCUCAUCACCCCGAUGUUCAGUGAAGUUCCCUGCUUCGCGUAUCUUGCACAUCGCUCCACCAGUCAGUGUCUGUUGCGAGUGUAUGAGCACUGCAGACUUGUGCGUGAACUUUGCACGCGAACACGUGAGCACAAUCGCACGCGCAAAGACAAAGCAGCAUUAGCUGGUGGGGUGCAAGUGGCACUUGAUUUGCAGAAGGCUUUUGACCUGGUUAGCCGCCCAUUCGUACUUCAAUGCAUUGAUGAAGCUCAACUGCCGUCUGAUCUGGCCACGAGCCUGAAAAGCAGCGUUCUCUCCGGCGAAUACACCAUCAAGCACAAGGGUAUCUCAUGCAGUCUCGAGGCUCACAGAGGUAUCAAACAGGGGGCGAAAGAUGCCCCUCUGUUAUGGAAUCUGGUAGUACUGGGGGUACUAAAGAAGCUUGCCUCCAAGCUAGGGUGGUCGUGGAUCCGGGCGCAUCUCACAAUCUAUGCUGAUGACAUGCACAUAUGUUGGGUGCACAAGACUGGCCAUCAUGCUGAUCGCAUUUUCCGGGAACUUGGACAGGUCUUGAGUUGCCUUGAGGCUAUGCAGCUUAACAUCAACUACGACAAAUCAGUCGUCAUGAUGUCCUUCGCGGGAACUCGAUUUCAACAAUUUCAACAAACCUACAUUCGGCGACUCAAAACCGGACCUGUGAUUCGAUGUCCCAUGCCGGAUGGCACCAAGCGUGAUCUAUCGUUGGUGAGUAAAACAAGCUAUCUCGGAGUGAUCAUUAGCUAUCAUCGCUUCGAGCGAGACACUGUUGAUCGCAGAGUGCAAGCGGACCGUGACCGCGCUGAGAAGAUUUGCAAACUACAUCAAGAAGUCACUCAUCAGGAUGAGCAGCGCUUCGAGUGUCCCACAUGUGCCCGUAGCUUUCGCACCGAAGCCACACUGAAGCGACAUCAACGAGAUGCGCAUGGACAACAUUGCGAUACCCAGCCUAUCUUCGAUCCAGUGCGUGAUGCAUUGAAGGGAAGCUCCACGUGCGCACACUGUGGACUGCGCCUUCGCAAUAAGACGAACCUUAUGCAACACAUCAAUGCAAGAGCCUGUCCGAUGUUCGACCCCAAUGCUGCUGCCAUUCAACUUCCCUAUGCGCAGCAGGAGGCCACGCUUGGACUUCUACAUGAUGGCGGCGCCGUUCGACUCCUACAGGGCUUCGCAAGCACUUUGGGUACAGUCACGCGGAGCUGGUACCCAAGGUACCUGUAA